GCACAUAUCGGCCAUCUUGCCACGGUCCCCCAACAGCCGUCACCACGCCUCCCCAAACGAGGAAGAGGAAGGCGCUCGAGGCGGCGAUCGAGGAGAACGAGGUCAGCGCCGCCGCCCCUACUGCGGAGGCAUCACGAAACACUGCGGGGCAGCGGUCGUCUAGCAAGCUACGUCGCACAAGCAACGCGGAGGACAAGGAUAAGGGAUCGAUUUCCACAGCGGGUUCAGGGGACAACUUCCCGGUCUCACUGAGGCAGAGGGUGUCGGAUCUUGCCACGCCCGCAACCACCGCCGGCAGCAUGGAUUCGGACGAUGAUUUCAUGAGCGAUGCGUCGAGCCAGGGUUUCUUGGAUACUCAGGGUAGCGAUGAUGAGAGUUUGGGUGAUGAUUUCGGAGACGACUUCGACGGAGGGUUUUCGAACGAUAAGGACAUUGUGAAGGAGUUAAAGAAGCCUUACGAGGUCGACUUCAGGGUUCUAAGUCCGGAAGAUAUCGAGGCGGAGCAGAAUGUGCAGAUCAACGAGGUUUCGGCCAUACUAGGACUGCCUCCAGAGUCUUCUGCGAUCCUGCUGCGAUAUGCCAGGUGGAACCGGGAGAAGUUGAUAGAGAACUACAUGGAUCAUCCGGAGGAGAUCCUUGAGGAGGCAGGACUGGGCACAGUAUCCGAGAGCACGCCUAAGGCGCAAGUCAUCCCAGGCUUUAUGUGCCAGAUCUGUUGCGAGGACGGUGACGACCUUGAAACCUACGCGAUGCGAUGCGGGCAUCGGUUCUGUGUCGACUGCUACCGGCAGUAUCUAGCACAGAAGAUCAAAGAGGAGGGCGAGGCUGCAAGGAUUGAGUGUCCACAAGAUAACUGCCAUCGUAUUGUGGAUUCAAAGUCUUUGGGCUUUCUUGUUACAGAUGAUCUCAAGGAUCGAUACCAGACUCUGCUCACUCGAACAUACGUCGAUGACAAAGAGAACCUGAAAUGGUGUCCUGCACCUAACUGCGAGUACGCGAUUGAUUGUCCUGUCAAGUCAAGAGAUCUCAAUAAGGUUGUCCCAACGGUACAUUGUGCAUGCAGGCAUAGCUUCUGUUUCGGCUGCACUCUCAGUGAUCACCAGCCGCCGCCUUGCUCUCUGGUCAAAAUGUGGCUUAAGAAGUGCGAGGAUGACUCAGAGACGGCAAACUGGAUCUCAGCCAACACAAAAGAGUGCCCGAGAUGCCACUCGACUAUCGAGAAGAACGGGGGAUGCAAUCACAUGACAUGUCGAAAGUGUAAGCACGAGUUCUGUUGGAUGUGCAUGGGUCUCUGGUCCGAGCAUGGAACCAGCUGGUACAAUUGUAAUCGGUAUGAGGAGAAGUCCGGGUCCGAAGCUCGCGAUGCGCAAGCCAGAUCAAGACAAUCCUUGGAGCGAUACCUCCAUUACUACAACCGAUAUGCGAAUCACGAGCAAUCCGCCAAGCUCGAUAAGGAUCUUUACCUCAAGACGGAGAAGAAGAUGACGAGUCUACAGUCGCAGUCGGGAAUGUCCUGGAUCGAGGUACAGUUUCUGGACACAGCGUCGCAGGCGCUCCAGCAGUGCCGACAGACGCUGAAGUGGACGUAUGCUUUUGCUUACUAUCUUGCACGAAACAACCUCACGGAGAUCUUCGAAGAUAACCAGAAGGAUCUGGAGCUGGCAGUCGAAAGUCUGAGUGAGAUGUUCGAGAAGCCUGUUCCGGAGCUUGCCUCUUUGAAAGUCGAUAUUCUCGAUAAGACGGCGUACUGCCAGAAGCGGAGAGUGAUUCUCCUUAGUGAUACUGCAGAGAACCUGAAGCAUGGUAAGUGUUGUGCCCGUUUACUCAUCUUGUCGCGCAUGUGGCGAAUGCUAACUUCUUUCCAGGCGAAUGGACAUUUAAUGUGCCACUGUGACGGUACCGGGUUUUACAGUUCCCGUUGCCCAGGAUACUCUGCAAUGACAUUUAAGACAUGUCUGGUUUUUAUCCGACCGUGUCACAAUCAAUAUACUAUGUGACACAUUACAAUGUCAGUCUUACUGACCGACGACGACGCCAUGACUACACUGCAAAUGAUUGAUCUUUGUACCAGCCUAGGCAUAGCA